GCUGAACUCAAUAGGUUUGUUAAUCAAUCGCGUUUUUAAUAAUUUAAUGACGUUUUUGUUGCGUUUCUUGUUCAACUGUUCAUUUCGUGACUUAUUUGAUAACAUCAUUUGUUUGAAUGCUCAAAGAUGGCGACGAGCAGAAUGUUCGAGAAGAAAAAGAUGAGUUCAUGUGGGUGAGGCUCGUUUCAGGGGGCGCUCGUGACCAAGCCGGAGGACCAAUAGGACGCUUGGUAUUCAUGCUAGGAUCGCAAGUUACUACGGUCUGAGCCAAUCCUCGUCCUCCCAGUGCACACGUUGACGUAAUAUAAUAUGAUAAAGAACAGGGUGGGCCCGAACCGUUCGGUUUCAGUGAAGGAUUAUACUCGGCAGCCAGUGACAGGCCGCGCGGAGGUAACACUGGGUUGGUUGAACCAAUGAUGAUGUGCAGUUUUCUUGACUGGCGGGGGAGAAUGCGAAUGGGUUGGCCGAAAAGAUUGUUUCCGGAGUUUCAGGAUCUAGUGGGCGUGGCCAGCUUGACAGACAUCUUGAGCAGCGAAUGAAAAAAUGAGGGGCGGAGAAUGUCUGGGGCGGGUUACCCAAUGAGGUGGCUGGUGGUUUAUAAAAGGCCGGGUGUAUCCACUCCGUCGCCAUUUCAACGAGGUUGAGCACAGGACUGCGUCGUGGCGGGUCGCGGAGAAAACUGACGACCAGAGACGGAUCCUGGUUUUGAGUCUUUCCAAAAACAGAAUCCUGAUCCAUCCUGAUGGAUAUGGCUGUCAACCCGCCACUUGACAGCUCUUACUCUAUGCUUGAUGCUGGUUAUACUGGGUUCACGAUGGACCAGAACUCCGGCGCAGCUGGAAAACGCAUCAGGAAACCUUCACUGCUCUAUGAGGGCUUUGAGAGUCCUGGGAUGCCCCCCAUCAGUCAGCUGAUGCCCUCAGGACCCCCGCAGCCUGCAGUGAAGGACCCCAAUCGACAGGGGAGGAUGACCAACCAGCUCCAGUUCCUACAGAAAGUUGUGCUGAAGUCUCUGUGGAGGCACCAAUUCGCCUGGCCGUUCCACGAACCUGUCGAUGCCGUCAAGCUCAACCUGCCUGACUAUCAUAAGAUCAUAAAGACUCCGAUGGACUUGGGCAGCAUUAAGAAGAGAUUAGAAAAUAAUUAUUACCGCAGUGCUAAUGAGUGCAUGCAGGACUUCAACACCAUGUUUACAAACUGCUACAUUUACAACAAGCCAACAGAUGACAUCGUCCUCAUGGCUCAGUCUCUGGAGAAGGCCUUCCUGCAGAAAGUAGCUCAGAUGCCCCAGGAUGAGUUAGAACUGCCUCCUCCUCCGCCUCGCAGCAAAUCAUCCAAAUCCAGUAAAAAGAGCAGAAUGAUGGCAGUUUCAGGAGGAAUAACGACAGCUCAUCAGGUUCAAGCCGUCUCCCAGUCUGCGUACUCUCCUCCCACCCCAGAAACACCCGACUCCAUCCUCUCCACCCCCCCACAGACCAUCCUGGCCAAGAGCCUGACCCCCACGUUUCCUUCUGAACACAUGGCUGCCAUCACCAGCAUGCCCCACACGCAGCCCACCGCCAAGAAAAAAGGCGUGAAGAGGAAAGCAGACACCACCACUCCCACCACCGUGGCCAUGCCCAUCAUGAGCACCAUGGGGGUCAGCGGUAUCGGCCUGGGCAUGGGGAGUGGGCACGACUCCCCCCUGACCCUCACCUCUCUGGGGAUGGACCACAGCUCUCUGGGCAUGAACCAGGGUCUGGGUCCGGGACUGGGGAUGGACAUGGGUCGAGGAUCGAUGAUGAUGGGUUCUAAAUCGACAGCGGCGAGCAGGCGAGGGGUGAGCGGACGACCCAUCAAACCCCCAAAGAAAGACCUGCCGGACUCCAUCCUGCCCACGCCGGUGCGCCGAGGAAAACUGGGUCCACAGCUGCGUUACUGCAGCGGGGUCCUGAAGGAGCUGCUGUCCAAGAAACACGCCGCCUACGCCUGGCCCUUCUACAAACCUGUCGACGCCACCACGCUUGGCCUGCAUGACUACCAUGACAUCAUCAAACAGCCCAUGGACCUCAGCACCAUCAAGAGGAAGAUGGACAGCAGAGAGUACCGAGACUCGCAGCAGUUCUCAGCUGAUGUCAGGCUGAUGUUCUCCAACUGCUACAAGUACAAUCCUCCUGAUCAUGAUGUGGUUUCUAUGGCCAGGAAACUCCAGGACGUGUUUGAGUUCUGCUUUGCUAAGAUGCCAGAUGAGCCUCCAGCCCCUCCCAGCUCCUCGUCGUCCUCGUCCUCCUCCUCAUCAUCCUCCUCUGAGAGCGAGCUCAGCAGUGAAAGUGAGGAGAGCGAGAGCAGCCAGAGCUCUGACUCUGAGGAGGAGAGGGCGAACCGCCUGGCCGAGCUGCAGGAACAGUUAAAAGCUGUACACGAGCAGCUCACCGCUCUGUCCCAAGGUCCCAUUGUCAAACCCAAGAAGAAGAAAGAGAAGAAAGACAAGAAAAAGAAGAAAAAGGUUGAGAAGCAUCGGAGGGUAGAGGAGGACGUGAUGCCUGUGAGACCACCCAAAGCCCCCAAAAUUUCCAAGAGUUCCAAAUCAAAGAAUAAGGGAGUAGUUAAUCCCCUCAUGCCAACGAAGAAGACUCAAAAUAAGAAAAAAAACAAGUCCAAAAAGAACGGCAUGAUGUUCAACGUGCCCCAGCCCAUGCACGACCCUCUGGUGAGUCACUUCGACUCCGAGGAGGAGGAGGACACGGCUCCCAUGUCGUACGACGAGAAGCGCCAGCUCAGCCUGGACAUCAACAAGCUGCCUGGAGAGAAGCUGGGCCGGGUCGUUUACAUCAUCCAGUCCAGAGAGCCGUCGCUGCGAGACACCAACCCUGAGGAGAUUGAGAUCGACUUCGAGACGCUCAAACCGUCCACUCUGAGGGAGCUGGAGCGAUACGUCAUGACGUGUCUGAGGAAGAAACCUCGAAAGCCCUAUGCGAGUAAAGGUAACGUUGCUGGUAAGACUCGAGAGGAGAUCACUCUGGAGAAGCAGAUGGAGCUGGAGAGGCGUCUGAUGGACGUCAGCGGUCAGCUGAACUCUGGGAAGAAGCCUGCAAAGAUUAAAACUGAGAAACCUCCUUCAGAAGCUCACACGCAGCCGUCACGUCUCAGCGCCACCAGCUCCUCCUCAGACACCUCUUCAUCGUCCUCUUCAUCUUCAUCCUCAGACACGAGCGAGUCGGACUCGGGUUGAAUGAGCGGUCAGACGAAGGCUCCGGGUGUUCCUCCGGAGCGGACUGAAGUCAUGAAGGAUCGGGUGAGAACUGGUCCAGGGAGGCGGGGCUCUCCUGCAGUCCUGGGUGAGGAGGAGGAGGAGCAGGAGAUCGUAAUGGAGAACUUCCUCUCCUGAUGAAGAUCUGGAUCAUUUGUUGAAGGGAUAAGGGUGCUCGAGCCAGAAUCGGUGUAACUUCUGGAUAUUUCCCUUCCUCUGCUCCCCGUCUUUAUGCUGUAUAGAUGACGUGUACAAAUGUAAAAUAUCUAUUUUCUUUUAUAAAGAAGCCUUUUAUGAAGCUAAAUUAUUCCCUUGUUCUGGGAGAGAUUGAACUGGCGUGGACAGAUUGUGUUCAGGUUUUUGUUUGAGUGAUGAGGGGAGUAGGUGUGUGUGUGUCGUAUGAAUGUGUUCUGUCUGCAUGUGUGUGAGAUUUGGCACCACAAGUGCAUCCUUGUGAAGCUCCUCAUAGUUUUGAAGCAGAGAGUCGGCUCUGCAGAAGCACCUUGGGUAGAAAACAGAAUGCAUGCAAUACAGAGGAGCUGACGAGUUCACGUGACUUUACUGCAUCUUUACGUCUGUUAGUCGGCCGCUGUACAGAAAUGUGUCAGUUACAGUUUGUACGUAAAUAUUUCUGUUCUCAUGUUUGCUGUGUUUUUGUUUUUCCAUUCAUUACAAGUUCUGUAAACGUUUCUUUUUUAUUCUUUAUGACCAAUCUGCUAAUAAAUUGUGAGGACGUGUCUCGUCCACUCACCUGUAACAUCCUG